GGGAGGGAGCCUGAAGGAUCCUCUCGUGAGAGGAAGCGAAGGGGUGUAGAAACAUUGCUAGCCCUGGCUGGAUAUGUUGUAAAGAUAAAUGAGAUGCAGCAAUUUGGUGGGCGAUUCACCAGCAGUGCUGCUGAGUGAAAGAAACUACAUGAUUCUGCAUAGACUGGCAAGGGAACGGGACCUGGGUCCGUGACCUCACAGAGCCAGGCCAGCUCUGGGAAGAGCACCAGUUGUCCCUCCCAGCCUGCCUGAGCCCUCUAAUGAUGGAUGAGAGGGAGGAAGAUGAUGAAGAGGAAGCCUGGCUGCAGCUUCGGCCUGUGGAGCCCUUGCCCUCCCAGUGCUGCGGCAGUGGCUGCUCGCCAUGUGUGUUCGACCUGUAUGACCGAGACCUGGCAAGGUGGGAGGCAGCCCGAGCCAGCAAGGACAGAAGCCUGCUAAGAGGGAAGGAGUCACAGAGCUGCCCCUCCAAACUGAGCCCAGAGACGUUCCUGGCCUUCUGUAUCAGUGCCAUGGAAAAACUCACUGAAGACACGUACCGUGUCCAGUUUGCGCUACCUGGAAACAGCCGGCUCGGCCUGUGGCCUGGCCAGCACCUCAUCCUACGAGGGAUAGUAGAUGGCUUAGAAAUUCAGAGAGCCUACACGCCCAUCAGCCCUGCCAACGCAGAAGGAUACUUCGAAGUUUUAAUCAAGUGCUACCCAACUGGGCUGAUGUCUCGCUACAUUGAGUCCUGGAGAGCAGGAGUCACGGCUUUCUGGCGAGGACCUUUCGGAGGCUUCCUCUAUAAACCCAACCAGCACGGUGAGCUGCUCAUGCUGGCUGCGGGCACCGGCCUGGCCCCCAUGGUGCCCAUCCUGCACAGCAUCACGGACAACGCAGAUGAUGAGACCUUCGUCACCCUGGUUGGCUGCUUCAAGACCUUUGAGGGCAUCUACCUGAAAACCUUUCUGGAGGAGCAGGCCCGUUUCUGGAACAUCCGCACCUUCUUUGUACUCAGCCAGAAUCUGCUGAGACCCGAGACCCGUGGAAUGCACUUUGGGAAACGCUGGUCUGUGGCAGAGGCUCUUUCAGCACAGCGAUGAGUGGGAGGGCCCUGCGUGGAGGCAGAGGUCCAGCCGGUGGCUGGCGUGGGCAGGACGCACGUCCACCCUCGGGGCCGCGGGAACCUGGGCAUCUUCCUUCCAGCUCCCUCGCCUCCAGUCAGCACAUCCAACCGAGUCUCCUCACGGCUACUGGAGGGCCUGCUGGGAGCCAGGCUUUGUUCCAGCCACUGAGGAAACAGCACUGAAAAGGCUUGAGCAGUUCAGGCAAGCUCCACAGGGGAGCCUACUGCUCGAAUGGAGAACAAAAAUUAAGCCAGUGGUUCUGAAAGGGAUGAAUGUUCCAGACAGGGAGAUGGGGAGUGCUAGGAGAGUGGGGGGCAAGGGUUUGCGGCCCCACUCGGGAGAGGGCCAGGACAUGCCUCCACAGGGGGGGUGGAGGCUUCAGGGGUAAUUCCUCACUUGUAAGGGUGAUAGGUAGGGGGUCCCCGCUUAAGGGGUGAGGAGUCCUGGGCAGUUCGUGCACAUGCCUUUGUCCCCUGUAGAUAUUCGAUGUGCAGCUGUUAGGAAAGGCCACCCAGUGAUCACCAGCAGUUUCCCCCACCCCCCACGCUGCUCCGUGCAGCCUGGGUACCAGUGGGUCUCCUACUGUGGGGCCGUUAGGAGGGCCCCAGCAUGCCCUUGGUGCCAGGAUGCCAAAGGGCUCACUUACCCACUAGAAACCUGAGAGCUCGUGGGUGCCGUGCCUUGUCAGAUGCCAAGUGAACCUGAGGAGAGGACUGGUUGGGAUGUGUGAGGGUGGACCUCUUUGAGUGGGGGGCGAGGUCCCCAUUGGCUGGCCCGUUCCUGCCACCUCUCCUGGUAAUGCCCCCGCUGCACGCAGUGGGAGCUGUGCUGUCAGGGCCGGCAGCAAACACGACGGCUGCCUCACUGUUUGCCUGUACCACUUGGCCACCCCCCCGCAUGGCUCCUCCAGCCUCCAGCCUUUCCCCGACACCCCCUCACUGCAGCCAGACUGGCUUUUUCUUAUUGUGGUGAGAACACUUAACGUGACAUCUACCCUCUUAACACACUUCUGAGUGUGCAGUGCAUUGCCGUGGACCGCAGGUGCGGACCUCCAGACUGCAUGCAGACCGCUCGCUCUUUCUCCCACGAAGAACGGAGCCUGUCAGCCCCUUGCUCAGCCUCCUCCAGGGGCUCCCCUCUCCCUCAGGACUCUCAGCUCUGUUUACCUUCCCAGACUUGCUUUAUGGUGCUGACUCCUCGUCCCCACCCCCAACUCUUACGUUCCAACCAGUUCUCUCGCGUCAAUGAUUCCCUUCACAUUCGUUUGCUGCUCCCUCUGCCUGCUGUCCUGCCGUCAUCCUGUUGCCACUUGCCUUGGCUUCCUCGUCUUUCAAGGGCUCAGCUCAGCGCCACCUCCUCUCGGAGGCCUCGCCUGCCUCUGCCGCUCCAGGCUAGGUUAGUGAACAGUCCUGCACGCUCUCCUGCUGUCGCACCUCUCCUCUCGGAGCCUCUCGUUUGCAGUGAGCAGCAAGGGCCCCGCAACUCGGCCUGGCCAUUGUGUCCCUGGUGGGAGUGGGCUCAGCACACCCUGAAUGGCGACCAUCUGAAAAAUAAACAGCUGAUAUUCAUGGGGUACUUUACAGGUUGCAAAAUGCUUUUUCAUCCACACUGAAGCAUGUAGUUGUCACCCAAAUGCAUGCUAUUUUAGUGCCCCAACUGCCCGAUCAGGAGACUGCCUGCCAAGACAUUAGGCAGCUCUCCAAGGUCAUGUAGGGGCACACACGCUGUGACUGUUGUGAUGGUCGUGCGCGGCCCCCGAGUGCUCCAGGAGGUGAGUGUGUGUGAAGAUUUUCAUCGCUGCCCGUUUGAAAGAGCAAAGAAUGAAGAAGUGCCUGCUCUCCGUCAGACGGAGAAUGGAGACAUGCACUGUUCGGUAGAGACUCGUCAGCGGAAUACCACACAGCAGUUCAAAUGAAUGAACAGGUCUGCAGGUAGCAACGUAGACUAUGUCCUAAGAAUGUAAGAGCUGAGUGAAAGGCAAUGGUAAAAGGAAAGCUAUGGUGAGAUAACCGUAUUUGGAAAGUUUAAAAACACAAAAGGGCACCAAAUGCUCAGGAAGGAGAUCCAGGGAGAGUGGUGGCCUCUGGGAUAGAGGGGAGGGGUGGGGUCGGGGGAGGGCUUUUAUCCUUGUCACUUUAGUGUAAGAAAGUGAGCCCUGACUGGUGUGACUCGGGGCGUCGUGGGGUCAUACCGCAGGGCCAAGGGCACGUGCCUGGGCUGUGGGGGCCGUCUGCUCUCAGGGCACAUGUGAGAGGCGGCUGAUUGAUCUUUCUCUCCCUCUCUU